AAUAUUAGCGAAAGAUAGCAACCAUAGAAAAAGAGAAAUCAUGUAUAAUAUGACAAAUUCCAAAGUUCAGGAGCCAAGCCCUGCUCUGACAUUGUUAAAAGAAAAGAUGUCACAUUUCGUUACAGUCGAAGGGAUCGAAUAUGCCAUGAACUUUGUUCCUCGAUCGACUGAUGUGAUUAUUAGCACUUCACCGAAAUGUGGCACGACCUGGAUGCAACAGAUUCUCCAUCAACUACGAAGUGGUGGCGAUAUGAGCUUUGCAGAUAUUGACGAACAUGUGCCGUUCAUUGAUUUGGCUUAUUUUGUUGGGCAAGAUCUCGAUGCAGAACACAAAUAUCAACCGAGAUGUUUCAAGACCCAUUUCCCAUGUGAAAGCUGCCCCAAAGGCGCAAACUAUAUCGUAAUCUUUCGGGAACCCUGCGCCGCAUUCUACAGCUCAUACAACUUCUUCAGUCAAGGAAAUUAUUUUCAAUCUCAAGAAAUAUCAGUUGACGAAUUUGUGCGAAGCUUUCAUCUGUCCGCAACUGGUAUGGGUUCGAAUUACUUUAAGCAUUUACUAAGCUGGUGGCCACAUAGAAACGAUCCCAAUGUGUUGUUUCUGUUGUAUGAAGAAAUGCUGCAAGAUUUGGAAAGUUCAGUAAGAGCGGUUGCAUCCUUCAUAGGCAUCGAUGAUGAAGCACGUAUAGCGAAUGCUGUGAAGAUGAGCACGUUUGAUUAUAUGAAACAAUACCGAGUAAAGUUUAUGAAUCACCUCGUAUCUCGUUCUCGAAAUAAAGCAAUGGGUUUCCCUGAAGAAACCCGGUUGCAACGCGUUGCGUCAGGCCCUGCUACGAAAGCCCUCGAGAUGAUGGAGGAGUGUACCAAACUAGAUAUUCAAAAAAUGUGGACGGAGACGAUUGGUAAAGAAUUGGGCUUUCAUGAUUAUAAGCAAUUCAGAGAGACUUGGAAGAAGCAUUUUCCUGUAAAAGAAUACAAAUCUGAGUAAAUCGGA